AUGCGCCGGCCGCGGGCGUCAGAGCCGCGUGAUUCACGAUGCCGCCGCCAGGGGCGCGAGCGCGCCAAUGACGGCGGACGCGCGCUCCAGCGCCAGAUAAACAGACGGCUGUCUCCACGCUUCUACGCUCCACCACCGCCAGCACCACCACCACCACCACUGCCACCACACCCGCUUCAUUUUUCGAGUUCGCAUAUCCACCGACACCAAAGCGUGGAUGGUAUGAACCCUAUCGUGCAACAGCUGACACAGUUGCACCAGCUGCUCCAUCAGCGGCAGCAGCAUCGGCAGCAUUAUGAGAGGCAACAGCAGCAGCAGAGGCAGCAACAACAGGGGUUGCAGUUGCACCACCAGCAGCAACUGCAACAACAACAGUGGCUGCAACUGCAGCAGCAACAGCAACCGCAGCGCCAUCAGCUGCACCAGCAACAGCAGUGGAAUGAACUGCAGCAACAUCAGCAAUAUCAUCGCAAGCAGCAUACACAUCUUUCAUCGAAUACAUAA